GAUGGAGUCUCUAUUCGGUGGUGAGCUGAGGCUGCUGGGAGGUGGCGAGGGCUUGAAUGAGGACAGCUGUGGCGACGUGGGCUGGUCCUCCUCGUCCCUCCCUGAUGAUUUGUACUCCGUCUCCCACUUCACCCUCAUUACCGCCUACCAGGACAUCAAGACACGGCUGGCGGGCCUGGAGAGAGAGAACAGCGGUAUCAAGAGGAAGCUCAAGAUCUACGAGAUCAAGUUCCCUAUGAUCAGUGAGUUUGGGGAGGACAGGAACUCCUACUGCAGCUUUGAGUCCAAGGAGACAGCUCUACUAAAGUCAGAGAAGAGCAACCUGCAGCAGAGAGUCAACGCCCUCACCCACGAGCUCCAGAAGAGGAAAGAGCGUGAGGAGCAGCUGGAGGAUGUGAUCCAGGCCUAUGAGAAGAUCCACAUGGAGAAGAACAACCUCCAGAGAGACCUGGACAAAAUGACCAGUCUAGUGGAGAAGCACGUGGAGCAUAUCGUGGAUCUGGAGUCUGUUCUGAGACAGAGAGACAACUCGCUACAGAAGCUCAACACCCAGCUACACAGCAAGGACAUCCAAUACCUGCAGCUACACAGCCCAGACAAUCACAUGCUGGACUGUCCUGCGCUGACCCUGCAGAGCUCUCGUAGUCUAGACACUCUGUCAGACCUGAAGCUGCAGCGUCUGGAGGCGGAGCUAGAGGGGGCGCGGCAUGAGGUCCAGCGGGCGUGUCAGAGGGAAGAGGAAAUUAAGGCCAAGUGUGAGAGACUGCAGGAGGAGCUGAGACAGAUCCAGAACAACCACAUAGGGAGGGAAAUGACUUCGCCGUGUGAGCAGUGUGAUGUGGAGUGGAUAAAGAAGGUGGGAGAUGAGCAGGUGAAUUUGGCGCUAGCCUACACAGAGCUAACUGAGGAGUUGGGACGUCUCCAGGCACUGAGCUCCAAACAGAAAGAGAUCUUGAGGAAGGUCUCUCAGGAGCAGCAUAGCCCAGUCCAACGCCACUCCCACCCCCCAUCUCCCAUCCCUCACCAACGCCACUCUCCUGUGCCCCAGCGACACUCCCCCAUUCCCCAACGCCACUCCCCCAUCCCUCCUCAGCACCACUCCCCCAUUGCUCAGUGCCGCUCCCCGGUGCUCCAGCCGCAGCGUCUCUCCCCGGACAUGCACCGCCGCUCGCCCCUGCUGGACAUCAACGACGGGCCUGCCUCCUACUCCUGCCGGCCAGCCAGCCACCACCUGAGGGCCAGCUUCCAGGGCCGACGGAGCUACUCCGAGGUGGCCGAUCCCUCGGCCUACCAGCGGCCGCCGCGCUUCAGCCUGGACCCUGUGUCCACCCUGCCCAAGCCUCGGCCCUACAGGGACUCCGGCUACUCAAAGCAGCAUCAGCAGCAUGAGCAUGGAGGCUCCCAGCAUGGAGGGUCACCCCACAGAGGAGGCCAGCUGCGAGCUUCCCAGUCUGGGCUAGAGAGGGCAGGCAGCGAGGUGGGCCUCCACGAAAGUUCCCGCCACUCUCGAGAGCUGCCCUUCCCCCUGUCCGAGGUCUCUCCCAGGUCUCACCUGCACUUUGAGCCCCUGCCACCCCCCACGCCCGCCCCCCAGCUUCCGCAGUCCUCUGAAGACGAGGAAGAGUGGACCUGUCCGCACCCCAUCAGCCCCCCACGGACACUGGGCGUGCCCAACAAUGUGUCAGCUCAUGGGGUCAUGAGGGGGCUGGCGUCCUGCUCGGCCUUCCCCAUCCCUUCCAGACCCAACACUCUGACCUGCCACCCGCCAGGUUACCUGCAUGCAGAGCACGCCCAGUCCUGGCCCUCCAUCAAUCUGUGGAUGGAGACAGAAGAGAGUGACAUGAGGAGCUGCCCUCUGUGCCAGCUGAUCUUUCCCAUGGGUUACCCUGACGACGCCCUCAUCAAGCACAUCGACUCGCACCUGGAGAACAGCAAGAUCUGAUCGCCAUGGCAACACUGCACCCUCUUUUUAGUUGCAACAAUUUUUACUUACAUUGUGGAGAAAUUUUAGGUUUGGUUUUGUUUUAAAGCUGGGCGCCUUUUCUUUGACAAGACAAGAUGGCUUAUUGUGUGUUUAGUAGUCCAUGUAUGGGACUAGGUUUAGGGAAUGGCUUCAAUGUUCAUGACAGACAAUAUCCUGAGGGUUUCAGGCAACUUGCAGUCCAUUUGUUUUUAUAUCUUACACUUUACCACUACUACUUGCUGUAAAGCAGCCUGCUUUAGUUGCCUCUACCCGUGUACAGUAUAAGGCUUGUGCAAUACAGACCAACCACAAUUAAUUCCUGGAAUUAUCUGGGUGACCCGAAUGGAUAAAUCCAGUUAGUUUGUUCUUCAGGGCUUGACGAUGUGCGGUCAGAGGUCAGAGUUAUGAAGAGAGGAUAGCAGUGUUGUGACUGUGACUGAUUGUGUGUAGGUAAGAAUUUGUCCUGCAGGUUGGGGCAUGUAGUUGCCGUGAUGACCUUGCUGUAGUGAAGCGCAUAGGCAGAUUAUCUUUAUGCUUGCGGCCUGAUCAGAAAUCCAUAUCAAUCUGAGCACAUUAAGUUAACCUACAGUAUAUAAGCCUAUAGUAGAGAAUAAUUUCCCCCCUAUAAUAUUCAUUUAACCCCCUAGAGUUGAUGUCUGCGCCAAGCGAAAAUCUAUUUAGCAGAAUACACAAAUCCCCAUAAAAAUCUGUCAGAUUAAGCUAGAGAUAUCUGUUUUUUUACGAUGUCACACUUCCGCAUCUGCAG